AUGGUGCUGGUUCUGAUGAGGAUGAUGAAGCUGGUGCUACUGAGGAUGAUGCUGCUUUUGACGACGAUGCUACUGACGACGCUGAAGUUUCUUCCACACUUGCAAAAAAGUAUUUACUACUACUUUCACUACUUUCAGAUAUUCUCUGAAAAUCAUUCCAAACAAUUUCAAAUCCAUUCUGAUUUACUCACGGUUGAGAUUCUAUUUAUGUUACUGAAUUAUUAUAUUCGACAUCGCCUUACACAGGAAGCUUUGGAAGAUUUGUUGCGGAUGAUGAAUAUAAUUACAGGCACUAAAACUUUCCCAGAAUCAUUUCAAACUUUUUCAAGUUUAUUCGAUGCGUAUUCGUGUACACCAGUCAGAAUCUAUUUCUGCAUCAAUUGUCAAUAUGAUUAUGGCGCUAAUCAGCCGGAAUCAGCUGUAACAUGUCCUAUCUGUGAAUCUCCUGAAAAUGAUUUUUUUCUUAUUACUUCAAUUGAACCUCAAUUAAGGGAAACAUUUGAAAAAUAUCAACUUGAAAUCGAACAAUACACAAAGGUCAUCGAUCGUGAUGGAAUCGCUGAUGUGAACCGUGGAAUGAUUGCGCGUCGUUUAUUGCAGAAUGAACCAGGAAAAUACCUUACGUUAAGUAUUAAUACCGAUGGAGCCGCACCCUUCCGAUCUACUACCAGGAAACCUCUGUAUCCUAUUUUCGUUACGUUGAACAAUUUGCCUCCAGCAAUUCGGUUCCAAAAGAACAAUCUAAUGGUGGCAGGUUUGUGGUUGUCCAAAGGAGAGCCUAACCCAAAUUUAUUAUUCAAAUAUCUUUGCAUUGAGCUGCGAAAACUGCAAGAAGGAAUACUAAUUGGAGGCGAAAGAUACAAAGUUGUUCUUUUACAAAACUGUUUAGAUUCAGUAGCUCGUUGUAAAGUGCAGUGCAGCAAGCAAUUUAAUGGAGAGCAUGGUUGCACUUUGUGUCUUCACCCAGGAGAAACUAGAAGCACCCGCAAUGGACGAUGUUACCCUCAAAAGGCUUCGAAAAUGCGUGAAAACAUGAUCACUCGAAAACAAAUGGAUGAAGUUAAUAGCACAGGACAGGAAUCAUAUGGAAUCAUGGGGAAAUCCGUGUUUACGUACAUUGAGAAUUUUGACAUCAUAGCAGGAUAUCCAGUUGAUUACAUGCACGCCGUGGAUUUGGGGGUAAUUAAGCAGAUAAUAGCAUUGUACACCGAGACUGAAAAUCACAAGCAGGAUUAUUACAUUGGGCGACAAAUCCAAGUGGUUAACGAACGAAUGCAAAGUUUCCGACCUCCUAGCAGUUUUCCAAGAAACCCGAGACCAUUGGAUGAACAAAAACGGUAUAAAGCGAAUGAAUGGGAGGCUUUUUUGCUGCAUUAUGUUUAUCCGUCACUAUAUGGAAUAUUGAAACAACCGUUUCUGGAUCACCUAAUAGAGCUCUCAUCUGUAGUUUUUCUAUUGCUAGAUCCCAAUCUAGCUCAAUCAACAAUUGAUGCAUGUGAGAAACGUAUUGAUGAAUUUGUUGGACAAUUUGAAGCACAUUUUGGAAGAGAUAACAUGACAUAUAACAUUCAUUUGCUAACGCAUCUUGGAUAUACGGCUCGUAACACAGGUGCAUUAUACAAUAGCUCGCUCUUUUCAUACGAAUCAGGUAAAAUUAUUUAUGAGUUUUUCUAGUAAAAAUUUGUAUAAAGGAAAACUUGUUUCCAGGCAAUGGAAUGUUGUUGAACUUUAGGAGCGGUAACAACAAACCAAUUAUACAAAUUGAACGAAAAUAUCGUCUCAACAGGUUGGUUCACAUGACUCACGCACCAAAGGAUUCUAUUAUUUACCCUUGGGUUCAAUCACUCUGGAAAAAAAACCAUCCAUCGGUAAAGUUUGAUAAACGGUUUUUGUUUUCUAGUGAUUUCAAUGUAACAUUCGAAGAUGGAAUUUCGGAAUCAGAAUUUAGCACCCAGAGCAAAAUAUUUUUCAAUGGAUUGAGCUUUUGUACCAAAUUAACAUGCCAAAACUUUCGAUACGAUGAUUCUUGGAUUUGGAAAAAUGGAUAUUUCUAUAACAUUCAUAGCAUUCUCAGUGACAAGCAUGAACAGCCUUAUUUUGUAGGAA